CUAUUUUUGCGCGUUAUGUCGGACCAAUCCAAUUGUUUUGAAUCCAGGCGGAUAUGUCCACCACUUUAGCAGAAAGCGCUGCGCGUGUGCUUCCUACGGAACGGAGAUAGACACUUUAAAGGCGUUAACAUGGCCAUCUCUCGUGCCUACUUCAAGGACCUGCAGGCACUGCUGCAAGGAGUCACCCAGUCACUAGAACGCCACGUGGUUCUGCGAUCAGCAAUCGAGCAUUUCUGCCGCACUGACGGUCGCGAAACCGACAUUGUGAUUUGCUGCUGUAAGAACGAGGAAAUGGUUUGGCUGAAGUACAGCGUCAACAAGGACUUCCAGCGAAUGGUGGAUUCUUGUAAACGUUGGCGCCAAUGUCGCUUGUACAGUGGAAGCCUGAAGAGCAUGAUGGCCGACGACCUGCCCGAGGCCAUACAGCUUUACAUCGAGAGUCUGGAGCCCGUGGUGCGAAACACAAAUACGCUGAUAUAUCGCGGACAACCCAAAGUCAGCAGGACCAAGUGCAUCGUAAGGAUGGUGGACAAGCAGAGCAAGAGCUGCGACUGCGGAGAUGCCUAUAUGGAGGCGGAGGUGCUGCGGCAGCUUCAAUCGCAUCCACAUAUCAUCGAACUGAUGUACACGGUGGAGGAAGAGCGCUACAUGUACAUGGUGCUGGAGCACCUGGACCGUGACAUGCAGGAGGUGAUGCAGGAGCUCGUCAUCUUGGCGGAGCAAAGUGCCAGAUCGGUUAUGAGAUGCACGGUAUCGGCACUGGCGCACAUGCACCAGCUCCAGGUGAUUCAUCGGGACAUCAAGCCGGAAAAUCUGCGGGUCUGCUUCACCUCCGGCGUGUGGAACUUCGAAAUGGUCAAGGUAGCGGACUUUGGCUUGGCCACUUACUAUCGUGGUAGCGAGUUGUACACCUGCUGCGGCAAUCCAGGCUACAUGGCGCCCGAGAUGAUCGCGAUGUCGGGCUACGAUCACCAGGUGGACUCCUGGUCGCUGGGAGUUACUCUGUUCUAUAUGCUCUGCGGCCAGAGGCCCUUUGCUAGUGCCAGUCAAAAUGCGAGUGAGAUCUAUGCUGCGCUCAUGAGUGGUGGGCCCAGCUAUCCCAAGGACAUGGAAGGAGUCCUGAGUCCAGAGGCCAGCCAGUUGAUCGACGGACUGCUAGUGAGCAAUCCCAACUAUCGUUCCACCAUCGCUGAGCUCGGACAGCAUCCGUUCUUGGCCAUAUAGCGCUGUUACCAAAUUUUCCGUAUUGAAUUGUUUAGAUAUGCAAUCAAUUUGAAUAGAUUCAUGUUAGGCCCA